AUGAAUAAUAGAUUACUAUAUUUCGGAUUCUGUGAUGCGACGAUUAGUUUAAUUGCUGGAAUAGUCAGUUUUAUUUAGACUAGCUGUUGUUUUAACUUUAGUAUAAUAUUCAUAGCAGAGCUUAUUUUGAUGAUUGCAUUUAUUAUUUUGUAAUAUAAAAGGUUUUUAAAUGACCUAAUAAGAGAAACAUUUUUAGGCGUUUCAUACCUUUUAUGCUAAAUAUUAUAGAUUGAAUACUUAGGAUCUCUUUAAUCUUCUGUAUAAACUAUAUUAAUAAAUAGGAAUAUAUUUUGUUUCUAUGUCUCAGAUUAUUUAUUUUAACAACAUAAAUAGAAAGAAUUACUUUUCGAAUCAUUCUAUUUUCAGUAACUUAUUUUUACCUUGUAAUCAGAUUAUAAUUUUAUUUGAAUAUGUUUCCAUACUUAGGAUUAGCUUAUGUUCCUCUUAUAUUUAUUAUUGAUUAAUCUCAAGAGAAUCUUUCUUCUUCAAUUAUUGAUUUUUUUUAAACAACAUUAACAAAUCCACUUCUAAUAUUAGAUGCUUAAACAAGAGAGCCCCUAUUUCAUACCAAUCAAAUGGAAUCAUAAUUUAAUUAUACUUCUACAAAUCAAGAUUAUUUUAUACAGUGUCUUUAAUAAUUUUAAGACUCUUCACAAAAAACUCUUAGGAGCAUUUUUGAUGAAUAAAAAUUAUCAUUUGAAUAAAAAAGUCAAGUAUAAUAUCUAAAAUUGAAAGAAAUAUCAAAUGAAGAUUAUUAUUAUGUAGAAACACAAUAAAAUAAAAAAUUAACUACAUUAUUGUAAGAUGAAAUCAAUUAAGAAAAGCAUGAAUUGAUAAAUUUUGAUAGUCCAAAAUCAUAAAUAGAAAAUUUAAAAUGUCCAGUUUCCAAUUAAUUUAAUGAUGAUAAUCAAAAAUAUGGAAAGAGCAAAUUUAGAUUUAAGGAUAGUUAAUAUAAAUUAUUUGGAAUUAAUGAAUUAAAAUAAAAGAGAAUAAAUAUAAUAGUUUAGUAUUGCAUAUGGAAGAAUAAAGAAGCAUUUAUGAUUUCAUUAAAAGAUUUAGAGAACUAAAAAUUAUUACAAAUAUUAACUGAAGAACUUGAAGAAAGUAAAAAAUAGAAUGAAAAUAAAGAUUAAAUAUUGGCAACAGUAUUUCAUGAUUUUAAAACUCCCAUUAAUGGAAUCUGUACUAUUGUAGAAGCUAUGGAAGAGAAAUACAAUCUUAAUGCAGCUUCUAAAUAUUAUUUGAGAAUAAUUAGAAAAAAUGUAUAUUUAAUGUUAUACAUGAUAUAUGAUAUUUUAGAUUUUGCUAGGAUCUAAAAAAAUUAAUUAAGAUUAAGUGUUAGUAAUUUUUACUUAAAUGAAGUUAUAGAUGAGGUUAUUGAAUUAAUUGCUAUUUAAGCAGAACAAAAAGGAGUUGUUAUAUAAACACAUUAUGACAUACCAUCAUAUUAAAUUUAUAGUGAUCCUAAUCGUAUCAAAUAAAUUCUUAUGAAUUUUAUUUCUAAUUCAUUAAAAUUUACUGAACAAGGAUCAAUUAAAAUAUCAGUUGAAUCUUUACAAACUGACAAAGCUAAUCAUAUAGUAAGGGCAGUUUCAUCUAAAAAUGUACUUAAUUAAUAAUAAAAUUAAUAAACAAUUGGAUAAUUGCGUAAAUAAUUAUCUGGAAAAUCUUUUUAGUCUUAAUCUGGAUAAAAUAGAAUGGUUUAUACUAUAUCUAUUUAAGAUACAGGUUGUGGUAUCUCAGAUUUAAUUAAACCUAAAUUAUUUAAUAUGUAUGCAACAUUUCCAAGUAAGGAUGUUCAAAAUAAAAGUGGAACUGGUAUUGGAUUAAUGGUUUGUAAAAAACUUAUUAAAUUACUGGGUCCAUCUGAGAAAAUUGAACUAUGGAGUGAAUAAAACAAAGGAACUAAAAUGUCAUUUCAAAUUUAUUCUAGAUUACCUGAUGAUCCAAAAAGAUCUCCUAAUUAUAUUAGUGUCUUUAAAUAGGAGAGUAGCUCUAAAAAUUUUAAUGUUGAUAGUUCAUCAUUAAUUGAUGAAUAGGAAUAGAUGUAAUAAAAAUUUGUAAGAUCAUCAGUUUUACGUGUUUAUACAAGACCUGUAGAUAAAAAUGAUACAGAAGCAGGUUUUGAUUUUAAUCCAGAAUAUGAGGAUGAAGGAUAAUAGAAAUUACAAAACAUAAAUAUAUUAUAAAAUUUAAGAUCACCAACUCCAAGCAGAAUAAAAAUUAAAGAAUAGAAUUUAGAUGAUUCAUAAGAAAUCAUAGAUCCUAGAUCAAGAUUAUAAAGGAUUUUAUAAAAUAAAAUAUUUACAAUAUUAAUUGUUGAUGAUCAACCAUUUAACGUUUUGGCUUUGAAAUUGUUAUUAUAAGAUAUUUCAUCAAAUGUUUCAUUUUUAGAAGCUUAUAAUGGUUAAUAAGCUGUUAAUAAAGUAAUUAUAUAUAUUCUAUAUGUAUAGUUAUAAACAUUUUAGAAAAGCAAGAAUAUUAAAUAUGUUUUAAUGGAUCUUUUUAUGCCAAUUUUGAAUGGCUGGAAAGCAGCAACUAAGAUAAGAGAGAUGGUAAUAUUAUUAUUUAAAAAAAGAUUGCUUAAUAACUCAUAGAAGAUGUAAAAAUAAUUGCGAUAUCAGGAUUUGAUGAUGAAAGUGAAUAGGAAAGGUGUGAAAAUGUUGGAUUUGAUGCCUUUAUUACUAAACCUGUUAAAUUAGAGAUGAUAGCAGAAGUAUUUGCAUAAUUAGAGUCUAAUUGA